AUGACCAGCAGGCCCAUGGUGGAGCAGAGCAAUGGCACGCCCUCGCCCUUCCUCAGCCCACAGGCGCAGUCCCAAGGGAGCCGCCUGCUCCCUUCGCCCAUCCCUCCGCCCACAGCAUCCUCGGUCAACUCGCAGCGCCCGAUAUCUGCCACUUCCUCGAGCCGCGAUCGGUCCCGCGACGACCUCGACGCUACGGUGCGGAAAUCGCAUAGUCACUCAAUCAGCUCGAAUCCGCACACCCUGGCGUCGUCAAAGGGCAGCUCAACGGCGGCAGACAACCGGGAAAAGCAGCGCGCGGCGGUGAGAACGCUCCCACCCUGGGUCCAGUCCGCCGAAGAAGACGAGCAUGCCGACGCGACGUCGCUCCUGCUCCCCCGGACUCCUAACUCCGCCCGCCCCGCGUCCCACAACUUCAUGCCCACACCCAAGUCCAACGUUCCCGGCCGCAAGUUUGACCACGCACGAGAAGGCGCGCCAGUAACCCUCACCGCACCCGUCAGCGAGCAUGCUUCGAAAUGGCAGCAGUUUGCCAAAUCCUCCGACUACGACAGGGAGCGACCCUCGUCCUCGCGCGGCCAGGUCAUGUCGGACGAGUGGAUGAAGGAGAACAUGCCGGAUCUGGAGGAGCCAUGGCACCCUAUUGACCAGGAGAAGGAGGAAGAGGAGGCCGGCUUCUGGCUAUUCAACAGGCGGAAACGCGCGCGGCGGUUCAACAAGUUCCACCGGACCGUUAUGAACCACCCUAUGGUGCCCCUUUUUGUUCGUAUGAUCGUCCUCACAUUCUCCGUCCUUGCUCUCGCACUCGCCGGGUCUAUAUUCCACAAGUCCGACACUGCGGGCUGCCAAAACAACUCCUCGACUUGGUUGGCCAUACUCGUCGACGUAGUAGCCAUCGUCUACACUGCCUACAUCACCUAUGAUGAAUACACCUCGAAACCCCUGGGUUUGCGCUCGCACAAUGCCAAAAUGCGCCUCAUUUUCCUCGACCUCGCAUUCAUCGUAUUCGACUCAGCUAAUCUCAGCUUGGCGUUUCAAGCGCUGACCGAUGAGCGCUGGGCCUGUAGGGACGCAGAGGACCAAGGUGUCUAUACAACUGUUUGUCCCUACACACAAGAUAUUUGCGUUCGACAGAAGGCGUUGACUGCUACCCUGCUGGUCGCGCUGGUGGCGUGGCUCGCUACCUUUGCCAUCAGCACGCUGAGACUCAUCGAACGAGUGGCGAGGUAG